UUCCUCUCUGCAAGCGAGGAUGUAGAGGUGGGAUUGCAAGGACCGAGAAAAGCUCGGGGAACCCACGCGUUCAGCCGCGGAGAAAGUGCGCUUUUUCCACAGUAACUGACGGUAAAUAUUUUUCCUUUUCUUUUCACGAUUGUCAUCAACAGAGAGACACUCUGCGGGAUUAGUGAGGUCGGAGGAGAAGCUUUUCCCCCCCUCUCUCUGCACCUUUCUUUUUUUGUCACCAUUCGGCACGGCAGGCUGAGAGACGGACCGCUCGGACUGUGGGAGCCCUCCCCUCUGCUCGGAUCUGCUUUGGUAGGUUUCCUGAUGGGCCCCCGGGGGACGGUGGAUGAGGCCUGAGCUGUAGUGGAGGCAGAAGGCUUCUGGGCCUGCCUGUCGUUGCCUGGCCGAUCGGUCCCUCUAGGUGAGGCGCCACUCUCACCAGGGCACAAAACGGACGCUCCUCGCUCAACCCCGCCCCCUUUCCACCCUCACCCCCGACCCGGGCACCAACGCUCUGGACCAUGUCUAGCGGGCUGACGGAGGGGGGCCAGACGGAGGAUCUGGAGCAGGGUAGCUGCAAGCAGGACUCUCCGGUCGUGGAGCGCAGGAACCGCAGCGGCAUCAUCAGCGAGCCCCUGAGCAAGAGCCUUAAGAAGUCCCGCGCCCUCUCCCAGUACACAGCGGUCUCCUCCGCCCACACCAAUGGACACAGGGACAGUAGUGCGCACAAGAGCCACACGGCCAAGCCACAGGUGCCCCAGCUGCCCCAGCCCACCGUCUCGGCGCUGACGGGAACCAAGUUGGACCGAACCCUGGAGCAGGUUCUGGAGGGACAGAACGGUCUCCUGCACUUUGCCCAGGCAGCCGCACUGUUGAAGCGAGCCGGUAUGGAGCACAUGCUCCUGCCUGGGGGCAUGGGAGUGGGAGUUGGCAGCGGAGACACAGGCUCGGGGGCGAGCGACUUGGAGGGUACGUCUGUCACGGACGCCGUAGGUGGUCCCGUCGACUUCCCAUAUGGAGUAGGGGGCGGCUUCCCCUUCAACCCCGGGCUUUUCAUCAUGACGCCGGCUGGAGUGUUUCUGGCGGACAGUGCGCUGCACAUGGCCGGCCUGGCCGAAUACCCAGCACAGAGCGAGCUGGCCUCUGCUAUCAACUCCGGUAAAAAGAAAAGGAAACGUUGCGGCAUGUGCCCACCUUGCCGACGGCGGAUAAACUGCGAGCAGUGCAGCAGCUGCCGGAAUAGAAAAACAGGCCACCAGAUCUGCAAGUUUCGCAAAUGUGAGGAGCUGAAGAAGAAGCCCUCUGCUGCUCUGGAGAAGGUGAUGCUUCCCACUGGAGCGGCGUUCCGGUGGUUCCAGUAGGACUCCGCCUCCUCUCCAUGCCCAAAGCUCUGCCAUCAAGUGCAAUGCCAACUCCUGGAUCGUCUCCGGAGCAGACACUGGUUAACAAACAAAACUAGCGACGAAUGAAAUUAUAGGAAGAAAAAAAAACCAAACAAAACAACAAAAAAAAAGCAACAAAAAAGUAAACAAAACGAAGAAAAAAAAAGAGAAAAUAAAUCGGAUAAUGGAUGCACCAACCUAUUCCUUGAACCAAAAAUGAAGCGUAAAGAAAAGCAUCGACGGCAAUUUUCAUUCCCUUUUCUAUGUUUCCAUUUUGGUACCUUUUGUCCUUUUCCCAGCAGUUUUCUUUUAUUUUUGUUUUCUUUUUUUUUUUUUUUUUUGUCGCUUAAACAUGGAACUGCUUAUUGCCAGAAACAGAAAUGACGGACUGAGUGUGGACAAUCAACUAAUUUCUGUGUUUGGUGUUAAUGUUGUUCAUGUGUGGAAAGAAACAGUACUUGUGUAGAGAAUGUAAAUUUACAACUAUAUUUUAAAACUAGUCGCUAAUGGCAAAAACAUUGUCGUAAUUCCUCACCGUUUACGUUACUUUAGUCUUCAGACGGAUCGGUGGACAUCCUUGGAAAAAGACGAGAAAAUGUAUGAAAACAGCGAUUCUGUCAGUUUUCGGGAUGAAGGGGAGCCGAACGUUUCGAUCAGGCGGCGCUCCAGACGGCCUCCGCGAGGUUGAGGCUGUCUCUCGCCAGAACCGUCGCUGCUGUAAUCUCCUCCAUAAGCCCUCCUCUGCAUUUCCAAACUUUUCCUUUUUUAGUGAAACUGGCAGCCUUAUGUUACUGUGGCCCUACUGAGCAUGUGCCAAUACCGCUCAGGGCGAUGGCACCCAGAGACAGCACUUGCUCUGUGUCUACCCUACUGAACGCACUGAGACGAGAUUGAUUUCUUUUCUUUUUUCUUUUUUUUUUUUUUUUAAAUUUUGUUUGUUUUUUUUUGUAAUAUUUUCAUGAUUUUGUUAUGUUGCUGGGUAGCUGCAGCUUUUAAAAAAAAUAACCAAUAUUUGUAUUUGUUUAGAAAAUUGGACUGGUUUUGUGAAUAAAAAAAGAAUGCAUGUAUUUGUGUCGAAAUUUACAAUUCUGACGUUCGCCUAAUUACCUGUUUGCAUGUUUUUUUUUAUUUUUAUUUUUUUUUCCAACAGCUGUUUACUGACUAAAAAAAAGGAAGCAAUUACACACAGAACUGAGUAAAACCGGGUGGUUGUAGAUCGCCGACACGUCCUCGGUCUGCCUGAGCGACAGCAUCUCUCCGCUGCCUGUGUAAUAACUUCCUCCACUGGAAUGAUGGAGCCUUGCAAUGCGAACAUGUUACCAAAAUGAUUU